GGCGGAGAGAAUGAGACAGUCUGGCUUUUAUGUUCUUUUCAGAUCAAUUGGUAUCACAGAGGAGAAAGCCGAGUAUCCUCGGGGGUGAUAUUUAUCUAGUCUGAAGAUGGUUUUAGUCGACCAGCGCUGAUACUUGGAAUGAAGGACAUUUUUGGAAGCUACUGAAGGGAUUUUGACUGAGUGAUUAUCUUUCCAAAAUUCAUAAUGGAGAUGAAAAAGGAGGCACUGAUUCCUCUUUUUCUUUUUUGUUUCAUCAACCAUGUUUCAGGAGCAAUCAUCCCUCCACCUAAAAAACUUGAAGUCCAUAUUUCAGAUGGAGUGGUUACGGUUUUGUGGGAACAUCCUGAGGACGCCCCACCAGAAGCAGUGUAUAACGUUCAGAUGCGAACGCAUAAUCAAUGGGAGAAUGUACCAAACUGCAUGGGAGUCCGAAUAAACUACUGCCUCAUUAGCAAUAUAUCUAGCUAUUUGCCAAAGUACCAAGUCAAAGUUCAACUGGUCAAAGGAUUGCAAAAGUCUGAUUGGGAAGUUAGUAAGAAAUUUCUUAUCAAUGAAGGUGAAUUGCUACCACCCUCCUUCACUUUGAAGGCUACAUCCAGCAAACUUACAGUUUAUGUUCAUGAAAAACCCAUCUUAAGAAAAGUCUUCCCAUUUGGAGCUGCCUACACUUUAUAUCUCGAGGAAAUUGGUGAAGUAAACAAGACUACCACGGUCACUCUAAAGGAUGAUGAGGGAAAAGCUAUGAGGACAAAGACUUUCUCAUCUCUCCACUGGGGAAGAAUGUACUGUGUCAGCGGGAAAGUUGAAGGCAAUGGUGGCCUCAACUCCAGCCCUGUGUCUGAAAAACAGUGUUUGUUUCUCCCAGAGCAAGAAUUUUAUAUCAUUGCUGCAUCAUCCUUAUCUAUUCUGGGGAUCAUGGCCUUUGCUAUUGUUAUUACCAGCAUUGUGUUGUGCUACCUGAAACGCCCUGCAAAAACACCUGUGGCUUUGAAAUCACCAGUAAGUGGCUGGAUGCCACUCUCUGUUGCAGAAGGGACCAUGGAGGUGGUCACAGACAAAGCAUGGUUUCUUUCCAGUUACAAAAUCAAUACCAAACCUAUAAACCUCCCUGAAACCACCAUCACAAUAACAGACAAUGGUGAGGAGGAGAACAGAAGGACUAGCUUGGACAGCGGCGUCAGCGUAGAAACAGACCCUGCAGCGAAAAGAGGACAAUGUCCUGCAAGACAAGAGGACAGUGGUUGUGGAAGCAUGGGAGGACCAGAGAGCUCUUCCAACAGUCACACGGAUUAUCCUUUGCAAGAUGAGAGCAUGGAAGCAGAUGAUAUCAGAAAGACAGAAGACAGCGGGAUGGGCUUGAGCUGCCAGAUGCAUUCUUCUUCCUUGAACCUUUAUGGUCAGGACACAGAAACUCUUGUGGAGACUGUCAUUGUGGGAAAUUACCGGACCCAGAGCCCAUCUGAGAUCCAGAUCCAAAGCAGAGAUAGUGAGGACAUGUUAAAACAGAUCCCUGCACACACAGUUUUAGCGGAAGUGGUAGCGGGAUAUAAAGCCGGGCCUCAGUCCUGUAUAUGUUCACAAACAGGCCAAUGCACUUGGUGCCUUAGACAUGGCCUUUACAGACCUGAAGAAACCAAACUAUGCAGAACUGUUUUUAUGGAGGAUUUGUUGAUUGACAGAAAAAGCGAAAUGGUGGACUCAACCACAGCUGUUAAAACACACAUGGACUCUGUCAUAAACUUCGAAACAACAUUAUUACAACUAUCUGAGGCCUUUCCUUUGCUUACAUCAACAUUCGAAAAGGACAGCAAUAUGAACAUUUCCCUUUCUCUUUGUGACGUGGAACUGACAACUGACUAAUAUCCAGUGGAAUGAAACACUAUUUAUAAACGCCUUCUGAAGGAGCCUGACGUACGCACAAGUCAGCCUCAAAAACAGAGGCCAUGGUUGUUGUGAAAUACUUCAGUGUUUCAGCUGGCAGGAUAGAACAGAUACUGGACACAGUUCCAGACUGUUAACCGUCUCUGAUGCCAGGGAACCUUGUUGAUUGAAGACGUUCGUCAAAACCUUCCUCUUUGGGUACAUUAUAAACUGACUUAAUAGCACUUGCAGGAAAUGAAACCUGAAUGAGCAACUCAGUGAAGUAACAGUUUGACAGUUAACCGCUUUGGCAUUUGAUGAUUUUAACUCCCCCAACAAUGAUGCUUGGUGUGAGUUAGAUUACUAUAAACACAGAGUGCAGUUUUUUUUUUUUUCAAAAGCGUCUGUUUUCUUUGGAAUCGAGACUUUUUCAUAAACUCUUACAUAAUCAAAAUAACAAUGUAUAUUAAAAAAAAGCAGAGACAUUUAUUUGUUUUUGACGAUGUUCAACAUUACUGUUUCUGCUUCAGUCUGAUCUGCCUCAACAGAUAACCUUUUGAAAUCAUGUUGAGAAUAUAAGCUGUUUCUGAAAAUGAAUAAAUAUUUAUUUAUUGUUUGUGUUGGUUUAUCCUUGCAUGUGAUAAAAAGAAAACUCUCUUUGGAUUGUUCUGUAAUUUUCCACUAUUUUACAUGCCAUGGUUCAUUGAGGAAACAAAUGACACAAUAUUUAUGCAAGGAAAACCCUGAGAAAAAAAAAAAACUACUGGGGGAACACAAAUUGCAAUGUAUGUGUCAGCAUCAGGGAACCCCAAAUGCAGAUUAAGUACAGGAACCAGUGCUGUGGUUUUUUUUACAUAUCUAAACAAGGAAACAGAUACUUCCUCUGCACUUACGUCCACGACAUUUGAAAAAGUCCCACAGCACAGUUCUAUAUCAUGUCUUCAUAUCAUGUAAUACAUAACACACAAUUUCCAGAUGGUGUAGAAAAACAAUGUGUGGCCUCUUUCUUUUCUUUUGCACUGAAGGGGAAGUGGGACAGAUUUUGGCUUUUUCAUGCGGAAUGGAAAAAGAAAGCCUUUUUUGAUCCAAUAAAUGUCACAUUGUUUUAGCACACGUGUCUACCAAGUUUCCCA